AGCAUAUACAAGCGUUUGAGCGAAGAAAGAAAAAAAGGAAACGAUCGUCUCACUUCGCUCGUUUGUCAUUCCAAACUCUUUUCAGGAGGUCCGGGUCCGAUGGCGUAUAGUCGAGCGGCAGUGUGGUCGUGUUUGAUUGCUGUGAUGCUGCUAGGAUUCCAAGCCAAUGCUCAGCUCAGCUCUUCCUUCUACUCGAGCACCUGUCCCAACCUCAUUUCCAUUGUCCGAACCGCCAUCACCAAUGCUGUCAACAGGGAGAACAGGAUGGCGGCAUCCAUUCUCCGUCUCCACUUUCACGAUUGCUUUGUAAACGGCUGUGAUGCAUCGAUUCUUUUGGAUGGAUCCAGUGGAGAAAAGAACGCAGGGCCAAACGUGAACUCCGCCCGAGGCUUUGAUGUCAUUGACAAUGUCAAGGCCGCGGUGGAGAGCUCCUGCAAAGGCGUUGUUUCGUGUGCCGACAUUCUCGCACUCAGCGCGAGGGAAGCCGUUGUUGCGCUUAGAGGACCGUCUUGGACUGUUGUCUUUGGGCGACGAGAUAGCACAACUUCGAGCCAGAGCACUGCAAACUCGGCAAUCCCCCCACCAUCGUCCACUGCCUCGAGGCUCAUUACCAGCUUCCAGAACCAAGGCCUCUCAACUCAAGAUCUCGUAGCGCUGUCUGGCAGUCACACCAUCGGCCAGGCCCAGUGCACCAACUUCCGAGCUCGCCUCUACAAUGGCACUUCAGGUGACACCAUUGACGCAUCAUUCAAAUCGAACCUGGAGAGGAACUGCCCCAGCACCGGAGGGAACUCGAAUCUUGCGCCUCUGGAUCUUCAGACUCCGGUCACCUUCGACAACCUCUACUUCAAGAAUCUGCAGGCUCAGAAAGGCCUCUUAUUCUCGGACCAGCAGCUGUUCUCCGGCGGCCAGAGUUCUCUUAUGUCGACUGUCAACACUUACGCCAACAACCAGCAAGCGUUCUUCAGUGCUUUCGCAACUGCCAUGGUGAAGAUGGGAAACAUCAAUCCGCUCACAGGAUCCAAUGGCCAAAUUCGAGCAAACUGCAGGAAGACAAACUAAGAACAUGGACAGAAGGCAGGAAAAUAUUAGUUACUCGCGUGAUGUAUUUCCAAGUUUACGCCUGGGUGUAGCCUGUGUACCUGAAAAUAACACUUUCGACUCAACAAAGAGCUUUCUUACCUCA